AUGUGGGCGAUGGCCGGGGCAGGUGUGCUGCUGCUGCUGCUUGCCUUGGGCGUCCCUACCAGCCCAGGACUGACGUGUGGAAUUCGAGCAGCUGAUUUGAAAAGCAUGGACACUGUCUUGGAAUCAGAGUUCUUCUCUAGACAUAGCAGUUGGAGAAAUUCAACAGUUGGUAGACAUCCGUGGCAGGUUUCCCUAAAACUAGUUGAGCGCCAUUUCUGUGGAGGAAGCUUGAUUCAGGACAACCUGGUGGUCACAGCAGCACACUGCCUGAUUAGCCUCCAUGAGGAGCAAAUUAAGAGUCUGACUGUGACUGCUGGGGAGUACAACCUCUUUCAGAAGGAUAAGCAAGAACAGAAUAUUUCUGUCUCAAAAAUUAUUAUCCAUCCUGAAUACAGCAGGCUUGGAUAUAUGAGUUCUGAUAUUGCACUGCUGUAUCUAAAACACAAAGUCAAGUUUGGAACUGAUAUUCAGCCAAUCUGUCUUCCCCAAAGAGAUGAUAAAUUUGAAGAUGGGAUUGUUUGUAUGGCCAGUGGAUGGGGCAAGAUUUCAGAGACAUCCGAUUAUUCAAAUGUCCUGCAAGAAAUGGAAGUCCCUGUCAUGGAUGACAGAACAUGUAAUACUGUGCUCAGGGGUAUGAAUCUCCUUCCCCCGGGAAGGACCAUGUUGUGUGCCAGUUUUCCUGAUGGGGAAAAGGAUGCUUGCCAGGGAGACUCUGGAGGUCCGCUUGUUUGUAAAAGAGGCAAUGGCACCUGGAUUCUUGCUGGGAUAACUUCCUGGGGACCUGGUUGUGCUAGAGGUUGGGACCCUUUAAGAAAUAGAAAAGCAUCACUUGGCAUUUUCUCUAAGGUGUUUGAGUUGAUGGAUUUUAUCACUGAGAACAUGAUCACAGUUUUUGGAGCUUGUGGACUUCAGGGAACAGUGUUAUUUGGAGAAAAAGGGAAGAUUCGUUACCCCCAUUCAAAAGAGGGCAGCUAUUCUCGUAAUUGCUUAUGUGUUUGGAAAAUAAUGGCCCCAGAAGAUAAAAUUAUCCUGGUGGAAUUUACAAACUUAGACAUAGAAAAUCAAGUUGGAGGUGACCAUGACUAUGUAUCUUUGCAAUCAAGCAAUGGAGUGCUUGUUAGUGAGCUCUGUGGAGAUCUAGUGCCCUCACCAUUGCUGACAGAGACCAAUGAGGCAACAGUUACAUUUGUCUCUGGUACAGAAAAGAGUGGCAGUGGCUUUGAGCUUACCUUUACUGCCGUACAGAAGAACUCAGAAGCAGGUUCAGGUUGUGGGAGUGUGGCUGUGUUGGUGGAAGAAGGGACGAUUUCCUCUGCCAGUUACCCUGACUCUUCUCCCAGGAAUGUAAGGUGUCAUUGGCUCAUUCAUGCUCCCGAGAAACACAUUAUAAAGUUGGCAUUUGAGGACUUCACUACGGAAUUUAACCAAAGCUGUAUUGAUGAUGCUGUUGUGAUUUAUGGUGACUCCGAAGAGGCACAUGAAUUAGCAAAACUUUGUGGAAUGUUCAAUCCCGCUCCAAUAUUCAGUCCUGAUAAUGUGAUGGUGAUUCAUUUCAAAAGUGAUGGUGAAAAUAACUUCCGAGGCUUCAAGGCUAGAUUUACCUUUUUGCCCUCAGACUCUUUAAACAAAAUUGGAUCCACAUCACCUCCCAAAACUAAACCUGUAUCUUCUGCAAAAGCUGUUCCCUCUGGUGUCUGUGGCAUCCCUCCAUUUAGUCCCCAGUGGCUUUCCAGAAGAAUUGCAGGAGGAGAAGAAGCCUGUCCCCACUGUUGGCCAUGGCAGGUGGGUUUGAGGUUUCUAGGCAGUCACCAGUGUGGAGGUGCCAUCAUCAGCCCAAGCUGGAUUCUCACUGCAGCUCAUUGUCUGCAAUCGAAAAAUAAUCCAUUCUUCUGGACUGUUGUUGCUGGGGACCAUGACAGAACCCUGAAAGAAUCAACUGAGCAGGUGAGAAGGGUAAAGCAUGUCGUGGUGCAUGAAGACUUUGAUAGACUGAGCUAUGACUCCGACAUUGCCCUAAUGCAGCUGAGCUCUCCUCUGGAGUUCAGCUUUGCGGUGAGGCCAGUGUGUCUCCCGCACAGCACAGAGCCUCUGCUGUCCUCUGAGAUCUGUGUUGUGACUGGAUGGGGAAGCAUUCGUGAAGACGGUGACCUGGCAAGUCGCUUGCAGCAGAUUCGAGUGCCUGUGUUAGAAAGAGAGAUGUGUGAACACACUUACUAUCCUGCUCACCCAGGAGGCAUCACAGAGAAGAUGAUCUGUGCUGGCUUUGCAGCGACUGGAGGGAAAGAUUUCCAUCAGGGAGACUCUGGCGGGCCAUUAGUGUGUAGACAUGAGAAAGACCCCUUUAUCCUCUAUGGCAUCGUCAGCUGGGGAGCUGGCAGUGCCCAACCAAAGAAACCAGGUGUAUUUGCCAGGGUGAGUGUCUUCUUGGACUGGAUCCAAUUCAAAAUCAAAGAUGCUGUUUCACUUCAGAUAAAUAAUGAAAGCAAAACCUUAAUAAGAAAACAAUUGCCACUACCUACACCUUCAACAGACAGUGCCUCUGGGCCAGGUGAAAUAUGUGGAAGACGGCUUUACCCAAUGAUUUUCAUCAGCUCUGGACCACUGGUGAAGGUGACAUUUCGUUCCCUUGUACAAGGUGCUUUUGGCAUAAGUUAUAUUGUCUUUAGAGUCCAAGGUCCAAAGGACAAUAAAAUAACCAGGUUGCUUCAGAGGUCAAACCAAGAGCAUGUGGCCACUUGUAAGGAUAUUAUUCUCACCAAACCAGUAGGAAUCAUACAGAUACCAAGAUAUUCUCACAGAACCACUAUGAGGUGA